AUGGUCUUCAAUGAUCAGAGAAUAACUGAGCAUUUCCAUCCCAGAAUAUGGAUUUGUGUCUCGGAAUAUUUUAAUGAGAAGAGGUUGAUAAAGGAAAUUGUAGAAUUUAUUGAAGGAAGGCCACUACUUGGUGAGAUGAACUUGGCUCCACUUCAAAUGAAGCUUCAAGAGUUACUUAAUGGAAAAAGAUACUUGCUUGUGUUAGAUGAUGUUUGGAAUGAAGAUCAAGAUAAGUGGGCUAAUUUAAGACAAGUGUUGAAGGUUGGAGCAAGUGGUGCUUCUGUUAUAACCACUACUCGUCUUGAAAAGGUUGGAUCAACUAUGGGAACUUUGCAACCAUUCCGGUUUGUCAAAUUUGUCUCAGGAAGAUUGUUGGUUGUUGUUCUUGCAACGUGCAUUUGGACACCAAGAAGACUUGAAUCCCAACCUUGUGGCUGUCGGAAAGGAGAUUGUGAAAAAAAGCGGUGGUGUGCCUCUAGCAGCCAAGACUCUUGGAGGUAUUUUGCGCGUGGGAACAUGCGAGUUAUUUAA